UUUAGUCGUUUAGUGACCGAGUACCUAACUUCAAUCUGAUACAUUCUCCCCACCCCCCAAAUAGUCAGAUUUGAGGCGGGGGUGUCGGAGAGUCCCCUAAAAAUGGCGGCUAUAGUGGUGGUUUUUGACUUUGAUCGGACGUUAAUAGACGGGGACAGCGACAGUUGGGUGGUGACGGAGAUGGGCCUCUCCGACCUCUUCCAUCAACUCCGAUCUACCUUGCCUUGGAAUUCCCUCAUGGAUAGGAUGAUGAAGGAGCUUCAUUCCCGAGGGGAAAAUGCUGACGAUAUUGCAGAAUGCUUGAAAAAGACUCCGGUACAUCCAAGAAUUGCUGCCGCCAUUAAAGCCGCCCAUGCUUUUGGAUGCGACUUGAGGAUACUUAGUGAUGCAAAUCAGUUUUUCAUUGAGAAAAUUUUGGAGUAUCAUGAUCUGUUGGGUUGCUUCUCAAAGAUCUAUACAAAUCCAACCUUCGUAGAUGAAGAAGGAAGGCUUAGGAUCUUCCCUUAUCAUGACUCUACCUUAUCUCCACAUGGGUGCAGCCUAUGUCCUUCAAAUUUGUGCAAGGGUCAAGUACUUAACAAUAUCCAAGCUUCUGCUCCUGAAAGCGAAAGGCAGAAUUUUAUCUACCUGGGAGAUGGGUCAGGUGAUUACUGCCCAACUUUGAAGCUUGGAGACAAGGAUUAUGUGAUGCCAAGGAAGAACUACCCUUUAUGGAACUGUAUUUUUAGUGAUCGAGCUUUUGUCAAAGCAGAAGUUCGUGAAUGGAGCAAUGGUGAAGAGCUUGAAGGAAUCUUGCUCCACCUCAUUAACAGAAUAUCCUCAGAACGAAGCAUCUUGUAACAUUUUUUCUCAAUUGAACUCAUCUGAUUGCAAGCUCCAUAUUUCAGUGUCUUCGCCCAAAGCCUUAAACCAUGGAGGUGCUUAUAUUGCUUCUAUACUUACAAUUACACCAUAUGAAUGCAGAAUUCUUGUUUCA